CCUGCCCGCCGCGCCCUUGGCAGCGCUGGGCGCCAGCUCGUCGCCACCGGGCACCCCGGGCGUCGGAGACCAUGGGGAAGCUGAUGGUGCUGACCCUGCUGGGGGCCGGCCUGGCCUUAGUCGGGGAGAGGCUGGUGGCCUUUAGACAAAGAACUAAUGCAUUUCGAAAAGUGGAGCCAGUAGAACCGCAGAACUGCCACCUUAUUGAGGGACUCGAAAAUGGCUCUGAAGAUAUUGAUAUACUUCCUAGUGGGCUGGCUUUUAUCUCCAGUGGAUUAAAAUAUCCAGGCCUGCCAAGUUUUGCACCAGAUGAGCCAGGACAAAUUUUCUUGAUGGAUCUGAAUGAGCAAAACCCAAAGGUCCAGGCAUUAAACAUCAGUGAUGGUUUUGACAAAGCAUCAUUUAAUCCACACGGAAUCAGUACUUUCAUCGAUGAAGACCAUACUGUGUAUCUUUACGUUGUGAAUCAUCCCCACAUGAAGUCCACCGUGGAGAAAUUUAAGUUUGAGGAACAACAACGUUCUCUUGUACACCUAAAAACUAUAAAACAUGAACUUCUCAAAAGUGUGAAUGACAUUGUGGUUCUUGGACCAGAACAGUUUUAUGCCACAAGAGACCAUUACUUUACCAGCUUCUUCUUGGUACUAUUCGAGAUGAUCAUGGAUCUUCAUUGGACUUAUGCUGUUUUCUACAGUCCAAGAGAGGUCAAAGUCGUAGCCAAAGGGUUUAGCUCUGCCAAUGGGAUCACAGUCUCACUAGACAAAAAGUAUAUCUACAUAGCUGAUGUAACUGCUCAGAACAUUCACGUACUGAAAAAACAUGAGAACUGGGAUUUAACUCAAGUGAAGGUAAUACAUUUGGGCACCUUAGUGGAUAACUUAACUGUGGAUCCUGAUACUGGAGAUAUUUGGGCAGGAUGCCAUCCUGACGGCAAGAAGCUGCUGAUCUAUAACCCUGAGGAUCCUCCAGGGUCCGAAGUACUUCGCAUCCAGGAUGUUUUGUCUGAGAAGCCUAAGAUAAGCACCGAGUACGCCAAUAAUGGCUCUGUGCUUCAGGGAAGCACUGUGGCUUCUGUGUACCACGGAAAACUUCUCAUAGGCACGGUAUUUCACAAAGCUCUGUACUGUUUGCUUUAGAUCCCAGACAUUCCAAAAAAGCCUUGUUAACCAAUGAAAGACAAAAUUGCAAGCAGCAAAAUAAAUGUGUUUAUUUGGGGUCUCAGGGAUUGCAAUGUGAGAAAUACAGAUUCGGCUAGAAUUGAAAGCUUGCUCUGGGGAGACAAAGGAGGUUAGAGUUUUUAAAGAGGAGAGAAGGGAUUUACAUAAGUUGUUUGAAGCAAAGGUUUUUGGUGUUGGUAUAGCUACAGUUACACUAAUCUACGUGUGAUUGGCUGCUAGGGCUAGGCAGAAAGUCCACUUAUGUCCAUUUUAACACCUACUAGAUGACUUGGCUUUUAGCUGAGUUUAGGAAAACUUCUGAGAAUUUUAUAUAGAGCAUGUGCAUAAGCCCCACCUCCUCGAUGUCCUUCAAGCUCUAUUUUAAAUAACUCUUUUAGUAAUUGUCACUCAAUUUUAUUGUCUCUGUUGUCAAUCUACAUGUUUGGUAAAAAUAAACCCAUAAUUAUAUGAUAAGUGGAAUUGUGCAUAAAUGACAAAUACCAAUAAUAGUGUGCCUGGCUUUUCUUAUGUAAGAAAGCAGCGUGAUUGCAUAAUGUCCACUAAGUUGUAAGUCAAGUUAGUGACAGUCCAAUAAGAAGCCAUACCUCUCCAUGCUUUUGUCCAGUAUCUCCAGUGUCCUUUCUACAAUAAGAUGUGUAAGCUGUGGUGAGUGAGGUAUCCAGCUCACCCAGGGCGCCUUGCUAACUGUGAAGCAAAACUACCUCCUAUAACUGAUGUUCCAAGCUGCCUGCGGUCCAGAUCAGGAGAAAGCUAAUGCUCAAAUCCUGACAAUUCCUCUUCUCUCCCUGUGAUUGUACUAGGCACGAACUGCCAGUCAAGUGCCUAGGCCAUGGGUAAAAGCAAGAAUUGGCACCAUGAAACUGCCCAAAGACACCUUUAAACUUGCAGUCUCUCUACUACAGACACAGGAAAUCAGGUUCUGGACACUCUGACAGAGACAGGCCUCACUGGCUACCCUUUCUUUAUAAUAGGUCUUGCUGUAGUGCUGUGUCUGAAGUAUGGUAAUCACCUUGCCCCUGAGCCCUGGGAUGAGGCCUUAGGACUAUGACCUUCAACUGCUUUAAACUUUCUACUCUGCUUACUUCAAUACACACCUAUUAAGCAACAUCCCACAGACUUCAACCUAAGGAAUCAGAAAUAAAUGAUAUGGUUCUGGCUUAAAGUCCUACCUUAGGAACCAACUCAAUAGUGGUUUGAUGAGAAUGAAUAGAAAUGUCCCUUUUUUGGUCAAAAACCAGGACAACCCUCAGCAAAUCGCUAAUGAGAGUCAGUAUGCCCAGUCAGCCCACCGUCUUUUCCUUUCGAGACUUCCACUGGGGAGUGGUUAGUUGAUUUUUUUUUUUCUUCUCUUCUGGGGAUGGGGAAUUGAGAAGGCUUCUUUAUUUCCUAAAGAUUUUUGCUCAAUUAGAUCUAAGUUUUGCUGAAAAGUUUUGUAUCAGGGUAAAAUUCUACUAUGUAGCCCAUGCAACCCUUUCUGAUUUAGACAGUAAAACUCUAGUUUCCAUUGCUUCAGGGGAGGAAUGACCCUGCAGAAUGUUCUAGUCAAUUUGUAGAUUUUAAGUUUCAAAAGCUGAAUCAUCAGAGAGACACAGAAAAAUAAUAACUAAGAAUAUGCGUCCAGUUUCAAAAAAAAAAAAUGUCUUAUUCUCUGUCCCUAACCCUUAUACCCCAUAGAUUAUAUAAAGUUUGUCAGACUAGAGGGAACAUGGAAAGCCACAGGUGGGAAGGCUAAGGGCAAGUAGAUGCUGGUGGGUUCCUAAGAAUUGAUCCUGUCCUGCCUUCCCCCCAGGCCAACUUAGGAAAGACUGGAUGAUAAAACCCCAAAGACAUUUGGGGAAUCUGAUUGCUGAAAGGCCAAUGUGUCCUUUCAUAGAGAAGGCCUAAGAAAGUCACAAGGUUCUGGGGUUCUCCUUCAUGUAGGUGCCUCCAAUCUUUAUGUGAUUAUCUUGAGCCUCUUCUGUCACUUGGUGUGGAAAGGAGAGGGAUUACCCCUCCUAAUAAAUGCUGCAUUUUAAUGA